AUGAUGACCCAACGUGACCAACGUUGGUGGGAGGAUGUGUCAACAUAUCGAUCAUUCGCCGACAAAGAUCCUGCAAGUCCUCCAUCAGAGCUUCACUUGCCGGAUCAAGUCCACCAUAGCAUUGAGGAAGGAAGAAAUAAUUCUUCCGACGCUCUUCAUCCCACAGUAGAUCACGAAGAGGAGGAUGACCCCAACAUCGUCACGUGGGAAGACGACGAAGAUCCCAUGAACCCACUCAACUGGAGCAAAGGAAAAAAGUGGACGGCAAUACUUCUCGUUUCUUCAUUUACCUUCAUCUCCCCAGUCUCUUCCACCAUGAUUGCCCCUUCGUUAGACGUCAUCGGAGACGAAUUCAACAUAGAGUCCGAGAUCGAAAAGGCCUUCGUUAUGUCCAUUUUCCUCCUAGCGUAUGCCAUAGGGCCUUUUGUCCUCGGCCCGCUCUCUGAGAUUUUCGGACGAGUUGUCAUUUUGCAAGCGUCCAACCUGCUCUACCUAGUCUUUAAUACUGUCUGCGGAUUCGCACAGACAAAGCAACAGAUGCUGGCGUUCAGAUUCCUUAGUGGACUCGGGGGUAGCGCUCCUCAAGCGUUGGGUGGCGGCGUACUCAGCGACUGCUUCAGAGCUGAAGAGCGAGGCAAGGCUCUUGCCGUUUACAGCCUUGCGCCAUUCAUUGGACCGGCAAUAGGUCCCAUUGUCGGUGGUCUGGUGACUGAGCAUACUACUUGGAGAUGGGUCUUCUGGUCUGUGUCCAUUGCCGAUGUCAUCGUCCAGAUCCUCGCCACCAUAUGGCUACCCGAGACGUACGCCCCCGCCAUCCUCGCAAAGAAAGCAAAAAAGCUUCGCAACGAGACAGGAAACCAAAACCUGCGGACGAAAUGGCAGAACCCCGACCACAGCUUCGGCAAGAUCCUCCGCAAGAACCUCGUCCGCCCCUUCAUCAUGCUCGGCACCCAGCCCGCCAUCCAGGUCAUGGCCCUCUACCGCGCCUACCUCUACGGCGUCAUGUACCUGGUCCUCUCCACCUUCGCCCUCGUCUUCGAAGACGAAUACGAAAUGUCCCUCACCAUCUCCUCCCUCAACUACCUCUCGCUCGGCCUCGGCUUCGUGCUCGGCCUACAGAUCUGCGCCCCGAUCAACGACCGCAUCUACAUCUACCUAAAAAACCACUACUCCUCCCCCGGCCGCCCCGAAUUCCGCGUCCCAUUGAUGCUUCCGGGCGGUCUUCUCGUCCCCCUCGGCCUCGCCACCUACGGCUGGUCCGCCCACUACCACACGCACUGGAUCGUGCCCAACAUCGGCGCCUGCGUCUUCGCGUGCGGGCUCAUCAUCGGCUUCCAGUGCGCGCAGGCGUACGUCGUCGACGCGUACACGCGCUACGCGGCCAGCGCGACGGGCGCCGCCGCGUUCCUGCGCACGAUGGCGGGGUUCAGUUUCCCGCUGUUUGCGCCGAGGAUGUAUGAGGUGCUGGGGCUGGGGUGGGGGAAUACGGUGCUCGCGGGGGUGAGUGCGGUGCUCGGGGUGGUGGCGCCGUGGGGGUUGUGGAAGCGCGGAGAGUGGUUGAGGGGGAGGAGUACGUAUUGUGCUGGGUGA